GAAUUUUAUUAUUUUAGCACUAUUGGAGGAGGACUACAAGAGCAAUGGCGACCUUAAACCUAUCGUUUGUGAUAUGGUGCGAUGGUCGUAUGGUAAGCUCUCCGGCUGGAGUAGAAUACCAGGGCGGCCGUCGGGCGGAUAUGCCAAUUAUUGAUAGGAUGAAUUUUGAAGAAUUGAGAAAUAUUUGUAUAAGGGCAGUAGCUACGGACUCGGAAGUGGAGAUUACAAAAAUCUACUUUCGGCUUCCAAAAAUUGAAAGUGGUCGUAUUGUCUCCUACUCGUUGUACUCAGUAGAAAACAACGAGCAUAUUUUUGGAAUUUUGAGAGAGACGAUGCGGUACCGAGGGCUUGAUACUUUAGAAUUUUACGUCGAGUAUCGUACUGUCGUUUGUCACGAUGUCUCUGUGGAUCAGUUGGUUCUGAGUGAAUCGAGUGGGUCGGAGAUAGGGAGUGAUGAAGAUGAAGAUGAUGAAGAGGAUUUUUUUGGUUGCGAGGAAGAGGCAGAAGAGCAAGAGGAUUGCAAUGAUCAUGAUUCUGGAGAAGACACAGUGUACCAAUCGCAACUCCCAGAAGGUUUUAACCAUGUCAAUUUGGAUGAUUUUGAUGUGGCACCAGAAUCUGAUGAGAACCUUAUGUGGAAUCCUGGGAUGGAGUUCCAAGUUGGGAUGAUCUUCCCAAAUCGUGCUUCUGUUCAGGCAUGCGCUACUGCUUAUUCUGUUGAGAAUGGGAGGGAGCACAAAAGUCGCCGGACAACCAACUAUACUGUUGUGUUUGCAUGUAGGUAUAAUCCUAUUUGCAAAUGGUGGCUGCGUGCAACUCUGCUUCAAGCAACUCAUACGUGGACAUGCACAAAAUAUAUCGGGCCGCAUACGUGCAAUGAGCUGGUGCCAAAUGCUAAUCAUAGAAAUUUUGGGGCACGAGAAAUUGCGAAAUACGUGCGGAGGGAAGUGAUGGAGCAGCGUGACAUACGCGUUAAUACCCUUAUUGCUGGCAUUUGGGAUGAACAUAGAGUGAGACCUCCAUAUAAAAGAAUGUGGUAUGCAAAGGAGAAGGCAAUUGCUUCUGUUUACGGGGACUGGCAUGAAUCCUUCGGAUGUAUCAAUGACAUAAUGCAUAAUAUGGUUCACGUAAAUCCGGGCUCAUUCUGGCAUGCGGAAGGUAUGUAAUCAUGUUUAACGGUGAAUUAAACAUUUUAUA